CGGCAGGACGGAAGUGAGAGCGGCGCGUGGGCCGGCGGCGACGGGAGAGGGGGAGCGCUGCAGCUCCGCUCCGCCCCGCCCGGCACGGCGCGGCCCGGCCCGGCCCCGGGAAGAUGCUGCCCCUCUCCAUCAAGGACGAUGAGUACAAGCCGCCCAAGCUCAACCUGCUCAGGAAGGUGUCGGGCUGGUUCAGAUCCAUCCUGGCGGACAAGACCUCUCGCAACCUCUUCUUCUUCCUCUGCCUCAACCUCUCCUUCGCCUUUGUGGAGCUGCUCUACGGCAUCUGGAGUAACAGUUUAGGUCUAAUAUCAGAUUCUUUUCAUAUGUUUUUUGACUGUACUGCUCUAUUGGCUGGAUUAGCAGCUUCAGUAAUUUCAAAAUGGAGGUCAAACGAUGCUUUCUCAUAUGGGUACGUUCGAGCAGAAGUACUUGCUGGUUUUGUAAAUGGUUUAUUCCUCAUCUUUACAGCAUUCUUCAUUUUUUCUGAAGGUGUUGAGAGAGCACUUGAGCCUCCUGACGUGCAUCAUGAGAGACUUCUUCCUGUUUCUAUACUAGGAUUCAUUGUAAAUCUUAUAGGAAUAUUUGUUUUUCAGCAUGGAGGUCAUGGGCAUUCACAUGGCUCUGGGCAUGAACACAGCCAUUCUCUAUUUAAUGGUGGUCUCAGCCAUGGGCACAGUCACGGAGGUCAUGGUCACAGCCAUGAACAUAAACAUGCCCACGGACACACUCAUGAUCAUGGCCAUAGCCAUGGACACUCUCAUGGUCAGGAUUAUUGUCAUGAUGACCAUUCUCUUGAAGGGAUGGCUGGAUCCAGCAAACAGAUUUUACAAGGUGUAUUUCUACACAUUGUUGCAGACACGCUUGGAAGUAUUGGUGUAAUCAUAUCUGCUAUACUGAUGCAGAACUAUGGUCUAAUGAUAGCAGAUCCUAUUUGUUCAAUGCUGAUAGCACUUCUUAUAGGUGUAAGCAUUGUUCCACUUUUAAAAGAAUCCAUUGGAAUUUUGAUGCAGCGAACUCCUCCUUCCCUGGAAAACAUCCUGCCCCAGUGCUACCAGAGGGUGCAGCAGUUGCAAGGAGUUUACAGUUUACAUGAUCCACAUUUCUGGACCCUCUGUACUGAUGUUUACAUAGGGACUUUGAAAUUAUUAGUAGCUCCUGAUGCUGACGGAAGGUGGAUUCUAAGCCAGACUCACAAUAUUUUUACUCAGGGAUUUUCUGUUACUUCCUUGUACUUUUAAUCAUGAAACAUGAAAUUCAGUUGGCUGCCCGUUCCAGUACAGAUACUGCAUGUGAAUUGUUUACAAGUACAACCUGGAGUCUAUUGAGAUAAAAUAGAAAAUUCUUCUCCAGCAAGAGAACUUUGUGAAGAUUAAAGUUGGAAACUUAACUCCCUCUCUUAUACCAUCCAGAGCCAAACAUCCUGGUUUUAUUCUUGAUGUUGGAGGACUAUAUUUGAAAACUACCAUGUUUUCCCAUAAUGUCCUUUCUCUGCUUUUGAGUAAUGGAAAGUUCUGUAGCGGAGGAGGAGACAAAUAUUCCUGUUUAUAACCAGUGUUUUUAGGUAACAAAAUAUUGUCAGCUAAAGUGUAAUAUUUUAUAGGCAUAUUAACUACUGACUUCUCUGAGUCAGCUGGACAGUGAAGAGGGCUUCUGAUCUGGUAUAUUUGAUGCUGUAAAUAAAACCAGCUUCUGUUAACAAUUUAAUCAGUGCUUGCAUUUUUUGUUUAAAAACCAAACGAAAACGUAACUUUAUUGUUUCCUGAUGUCAUGUAAAUUCACUGUAGCCAUUGUUGUUUCUUGCUGAAAUCUUAGCGUAGAACGGGUUCAAACAACAAAACCCAUGUUAGGUUCUUGUGAUUAACUCCGUUUUAAACUGACAGCUCCUUAAGCAGAUCAGUUUUGAGGAAGUUAAGCUUGUACAAAAGAAAGAAUUGCUUUUGUGCAGCUUCGUGUGACAGUUAUUUAGGAUGAAUCAAAAAAGGUAAUGUAGCAAAACUAAUGUUAAUAUAUAAUUACAUAUUGCACUUGACUGUGUGAAGAACUACGUAUUCAUACAGUGUGCUCAAACUUUGUACGUUUCCAAAUUGCCAGUGUCUCUGAACCAUGUGCCAAAUGUGGAAGAUGAAUCGUAAGAUAUAAGAAAAAAAAGAUACUGAGUUUUCUUGCAAGGUAACUUACUGAUGUGGACUGGUGUUUGGGACAGUUAAACUGCUCUGGCUUUACAGGGUUUUUUUAACUUUCCUUCUGUU